UCGGGAGGGUGUACGCGAGGGAGCGAACGAGAAGGCAGGCGGCAGGCUGGGCGUGAGGGUCCGGCUGGCUGGAAGGGAGCCUCCCCCUGACCCUCCUCCUUCUCCUCCUCCUCCUCCACCACCACAGCAGCCUGGGCCUGGGCGGGCUCGGGCCGAGAGGCGGAGGCACUCGGGAGAGCCCCCCAAAGUUUGCAGAGCGGCUGUUGCGCUGGCGGCAAUGUGGCUGCUAUGGCUGUUCCUGGGCUCGGCGGAAAGUCAACUCUUACCUUGGAAUAAUUUCACAAAUGAAUGUAAUAUUCCUGGAAACUUCAUGUGCAGUAAUGGACGCUGUAUCCCAGGAGCCUGGCAAUGUGAUGGGCUGCCAGACUGCUUUGAUGAAAGUGAUGAGAAGGAAUGCCCAAAAGCAAGAUCUAAAUGUGGGUCCACCUUCUUCCCAUGUUCCAGUGGAAUUCAUUGUAUCAUUGGCCGUUUCAGAUGCAAUGGUUUUGAGGAUUGUCCUGAUGGUAGUGAUGAAGAAAAUUGUACAGCAAAUCCUUUGCUGUGUUCUACUGACCGAUUUCACUGUAGGAAUGGCCUGUGCAUUGAUAAAAGCUUUAUGUGCGACAACCAAAAUAACUGCCAGGACAACAGCGAUGAAGAAAGCUGCGGAAACUCUCAUGAAGCUGACAGCAAUCAAAAUUACGUGACAACAGAGCCUCAGCUGAUCUUCUAUCCCAGCGUUACCUAUGCAAUCAUUGGCAGCUCUGCUAUUUUUGUGUUGGUGGUGGCACUCCUGGCCCUAAUUUUGCACCAUCAGCGAAAACGCAACAACCUCAUGACACUUCCCGUACAUCGACUGCAGCAUCCUGUCCUCCUGUCUCGUCUCGUCGUCCUUGAUCAUCCACAUCAGUGCAAUGUCACCUAUAAUGUUAACAAUGGGGUCCAGUAUAUGUCUACCCAGGGCUAUCAUAGACCGCCAGAUUUAGAUUCACCACCAUCUUAUUCAGAAGCUGUGCUAGAUCAAAGCAGACCCCCAUGGUUCGAUCUUCCUCCACCUCCAUAUUCCUCAGAAAUAGGAUCCCGGAAUCAUUUAGAUCUUCCUCCAUAUCGUUCUCGAACUGGAAGUGUGGUAAGCACAGAUGCUUCAGAGACAAGAGGUCCAGAGACUUUGGACAGCAGUCCAUCAAGAAACCUUUUUACUGGUAUGGAGCAUCACAGUACGCUGCGUGAAAUUACAUCUGAGCCAAGUGACUCUCUGAUCAAUUCAGUUCCUGUCUGAAAACUGUAAACAAUUAUUUAUGCACAUUUUUAUGGCUGUCUGCUUGAACUUGUACCGACAUUAAAAAGUCCCAAAUCA